ACUUCCAGGAAGCGGGGCGCAGGUGGAGGAUCGCGGCCGGGAUGGCUCUGCGCUCUGCGCUUCUCUUGAUCCUGGUGGUGGUGGUGGCCGCCCUGCAGGAGAGCUGCUUCGGCGCCUCCUCGCACUCCAUGAAGUAUUUCUACACCUCCAUCUCGGACCACAGUCAGGGGCUGCCCCAGUAUGUCGCUGUGGGGUGCAUGGACGGUCAGGUCUUUGCUCACUACGACAGCAACAGCCGGAGGAUGGAGCCGCGGGUCUCCUGGAUGGAGGAGGUGGGGAAGGAAGACCCCCAGUACUGGGACAGAGAGACCCAGAUUCAACGUGACAAUGAGGAGCCGUUCAAAGCAAACCUGGAGAUUGCGAGGACUCGCUACAAUCAGAGCCAAGGCCUUCAUACGUGGCAGUUGAUGUAUGGCUGUGAGCUCCGGGGAGAUGGGAGCAAAGGUGGGUUUUAUGACUUUGGAUACGAUGGGAGGAGCUUCCUCACCUUCGACAAGGAGACCCUCAGCUGGGUGGCUCCCGACCCCCAAGCCCUGAUCACCCAGAGGAAAUGGGACGCUCUUUCAACAUGGAAUCAGAGGAACAAAGUCUACCUAGAGGGGGACUGCGUUGAGUGGAUAAAGAAGUAUCUGUCCUACGGGAAGCGGACGCUGCUGAGGAAAGAGCCCCCAGCGGUGACCAUGAGCAGCAAGAUGAAGGUGGAGAAUGGGAUGGAGAUGCACGUCUGCCGCCUGGAUGGCUUCUACCCCAGGGAGAUUGAUGCCUCCUGGACGAGGGAUGGGGAGGUCUGGCUGCCGGACACCCUCCAUGGGUCUGUGGCUCCCAACGCGGAUGGGACCUUCCACACCACACUCAGCAUCUGGAUCGAUCCCAAAGAGAGGGGCCGCUAUCGGUGCCAUGUGGAGCACGAUGGCCUGCAGGAGCCUCUGGACGUGGCCCUGAAGGUUCCAGAAUCCAACCUGGGGCUCAUCGUCGGCUGCGUUGUGGCUGGUCUUGUCCUGGCGUGUGCUAUUGUUGGGACUUUGAUAUUCUUAAAGAGACGUCAAGGUGACUACAGAGCAGCACCAAGGAGCAACCAGGCCAUUUAGUAGCCCCCUCACAGAUGCCUAAUUUUAUGCAGUGGCUCAAGAAUGUGGAGACCCUUGAUGGAUGGGAAAGAAGUCCAACAUGGUGGAACCAGGAUAGAUUUUGGAUCUUCCAUCCUUGCUUUUAUCAUUAGUAAUGAUAGUCUAGAGCAGUGGUUCUCAACCUGUGGGUCGGGACCCCAUUUGGGGUCGAACGAACAUUUCACGGGGGUCGCCAAACAAGGCUGUCCGCCAUUUUCCCCCCCUUUUCUUUGGCCCCGC